GACAGAGCGCGUGUCUAUAAUCCAGAAGUCUUUUGGUAUGCACAGCAACGAUUGACUGCAGAUUCCAUUUAACGCUUUAACUAACUGACUAAUGGCUUGUUGCGUGAACAUAAUGCAACAACUACUGAGACGUCGGCAAGCGAGGUAGACAGACAGGAAGCUUUGGGGUAGACGAGGACACACCCGCAUACUGUACCUCUCUGCCCCUCCUCCCUGCCUGCCCCGUUAUGCACAAUACGCCGGUGCGCCGAGAGCUACGGCAGACAGUGGCAGCCGGGAUUUAAGGAAUCAGAUGUGUGUUUGUCCUUUUCAUCGCCGGAGUGCUAUCCUGACUUCGAGAAGGCUGUCGUGACUUCAGGGAACCUGAGGAGCCACAGGGGUGAUUUAGAAGUUUAUCCUAACAGCCGACCUACCCAGUACCACGCUGUGGCCCAUAGUGCUCUACGGUGUCCGUGUGGAUUCCUUGCAUUUUCCCACCCUGUGGUGCCCUGCCUCCGUAAAAAGUGCAGGCCUCACCCUCCUGCAUAAUGACUGUGGCCACGGGCGACCCCUCGGAUGAGGCGGCAGCACACCCUGGUCUUCCUCAGGACUAUGACCCCGAAACAGAGCAGGAGUGCUGUGAGCGAGUGGUCAUCAACAUCUCGGGUCUGCGUUUCGAGACCCAGCUCAAAACCCUCUCGCAAUUCCCCGAAACACUACUCGGAGACCCCAAGAAGCGCAUGAGGUACUUUGACCCGCUAAGAAACGAGUAUUUUUUUGACCGAAACCGGCCCAGCUUUGACGCCAUCCUCUACUACUAUCAGUCAGGUGGAAGGUUACGGCGCCCAGUCAAUGUCACCUUAGGUUUUUCAGAGGAGAUACGCUUUUACGAGCUCGGAGAGGAAGCGAUUGAAAUGUUUCGGGAGGAUGAGGGUUUUAUCAAGGAGGAGGAAAGGCCGUUGCCUGAUAAUGAGUUUCAGAAGCAAGUCUGGCUGCUGUUUGAGUAUCCAGAAAGCUCUGGACCAGCUAGGAUUAUAGCGAUUAUAUCCGUCAUGGUCAUCCUCAUCUCCAUCGUCAGCUUCUGCUUGGAAACCUUACCCAUCUUCCGCAGUGAUGAAGAGGAGAUGCAAAAAAAAGCCUCAAAAACCGUCUCCAACUCCACAGCCAGUUACACAUCCACCUACUUCACAGACCCUUUCUUUAUUUUAGAGACCCUAUGUAUUAUUUGGUUCUCCUUCGAGUUCUUGGUGCGCUUCUUUGCCUGCCCUAGUAAAGCCAGUUUCUUUGUGAACAUAAUGAACAUGAUUGAUGUGGUGGCCAUCAUUCCCUACUUCAUCACGCUGGGAACAGAGUUGGCCGAGACGGCAGAGGACGGCCAGCAAGGGCAACAAGCCAUGUCUCUCGCAAUUCUGAGGGUCAUCAGACUCGUACGAGUCUUUAGGAUCUUCAAACUCUCCCGUCACUCAAAAGGACUUCAGAUUCUCGGCCAGACCCUCAAAGCCAGCAUGAGAGAAUUAGGUCUACUCAUCUUCUUCCUCUUCAUUGGAGUCAUCCUCUUUUCUAGUGCAGUCUACUUUGCGGAAGCCGACGAACCCGAGUCGCAAUUCUACAGCAUCCCCGAUGCUUUCUGGUGGGCUGUGGUUUCAAUGACGACCGUUGGAUAUGGAGAUAUGGUGCCUACAACCAUCGGAGGAAAGAUUGUCGGAUCCCUCUGUGCCAUCGCUGGUGUAUUAACCAUCGCCCUUCCCGUCCCCGUCAUCGUCUCCAACUUCAACUACUUCUACCAUCGAGAAACAGAAGGCGAGGAGCAAGCGCAGUAUCUCCAAGUUAACGUCCCCAAAGCCGAUUCUCAAGAAGAGCUGAAGGGAAGUCGAAGUGGAUCCACUAUCAGCAAGUCGGACUACAUGGAAAUCCAAGAAGGUGUCAAUAACAGCAACGAGGACUUUCAGAAAGAAAACCUUAAGACAGCCAAUUGCACUUUAGCCAAUACAAAUUAUGUUAACAUCAAAAAAAUGCUGACUGAUGUCUAGUCACUCAAGGAGCAGGAAUUCAAUUAUAAAAGUACUAGUAAGCCAUGUCCGAAGGGAUUGUGAGGUUGAACACCUCAGUUAUUGACAUUCCUUAUUAAAAGUCCAAUCCUACAUCCAAGUAUUCAUCAGUGUUUGCAUGGAGUCGUCUAUAUCAUCCAACACCUUAUCCGGAUCAGGAGCCAAGUAUUUAUACGGAACUGUGGAACACAAACAGCACAUGAGUGUCAGUAUAUUUCCGUCAACAUCUUACUCUCAAAGCCAAGCUUUGCCAAAGAAACGUCAUUUGUGUGCUUCAUCUGCUGUUAAAAAGGUUUGCGGUCACAUAUAUGAUAGAAAGAAUACUCACAGAAGUUUCGUCCACUCAGCUGCUGCUUGUCAAAAGAACACCAAUAUUCACAAAUUCAAGACAGUUGUGUUACUUUAGCGUUGUUUAGUGACCAGGCUGGGAAUGUCAUUGAAAACUGCCUGCUUUUGUGUCGAUAGCUGUGUGUGGAUCCAAAAUAUGUAUGUAUGGACAACACUUGUAUCUACUCCUUCACGAUUAUCCUGCUGCGAAGCUUUUGAAGACGAGAUGAAUGUCUCUACAUGUCAUGUUUUAUGUUAUUUAUAGUCUACGGUGUUUGUUUCAUUUUCAAGCAAUUUUUAUUUGCAGUUGUUCAGGAUAAGGGACGUACAAAACAGUAUAAAAUAAGCAAACUAACACCCUAGUGCCACAGAAGAAAAAAAUGCUUGAUGUAUUUUGUGUAAGAGCAUACUGUUCGGUGUAUAUUCCCAUUGUUUCUGCUGCGAGCUGCAGAGAUAGUCCAAAAUGUAGUUGAUAUUCAAAUUACUUUGUCACUUAAUGAGCCAUAUUGUAGUUCACACUUUAACGUCCCCUAGCAAAUUUGUAGCAAUGAUGUCAGAUUACUUUUUAAUCACUGGCUUGUCUAUCAUCUGGAAAUCAGAUGUUAGAAAAACCUCAAGCUUGCGAUGUUUUGUCUUUUUUAAUCAAGAAAAACACUUGUAUUAGUGUUGCAUGGCCUCAAAACCAAUCCUAAUGGCAUGGAUUUUCAGCUCAAGAGGAAGUGAUAUACAGUACCGAAACUAGUUAGCUAGAAUAUUACGACUAUGUAUCUUGCUCUGUAUAUAUACAUAUAUACAUCUAUUUUUAUCUGCAAAGUUUUAUCGUGAUCCAAAGGUGCUGUUUUCAGUUUUCAGGUUUUGUUUCGCGAGUGAAAGUGUAAUGAGACACUCAGCAGUGCAUUUGGAUGGACAGUGCAGCAUUAGGGCAUUGAUUGCUGGGACAUUGAUUGUCUUAGCUUCAGGUGACCUUGACGUACAGGCUUACAGAAGUCUCUUAUGAUGAAGAGACUGUAUAAUGCCAAACAAUGAUUCAACAGAGAAAAACUAUGGAAGUCAACACUGGCUUACAGCCAUAGUCAAAGCAGUAAAAUCUCAUUGUUUUCAUUCUCGGAAAUCCUGAAACUGUUUAUGGAUGGAUUGAUGAUUUGACUGUAUUAUUUGACAUGGCACAUGACUAUGUACCAUUUGAAGGUUUCUCACCCACAUCUAUUCCAAUAUCUCACCUGGGCUGCAGGUGCCUUUGUCUUUGUCUCUAACAUUUUUUGAAGCAAACUUUAUGUGCUGAUGCUGCUAAUUUAGAAGCAGAUACUGCUUUCACAGCUGCUGCUAAUUGUGUUUUCUUUUUUAAAUUCUGAAUAUAGACAUCACUGCAACACGCACAAUUCUGGUAGGUUUAACAAAGUGUAUAAAGCCUGAAUGUUAAACCAAUUUGUCCAAGCUGACGCCCCACAGUGCAUAGCCAGUGCCUAAGAAAUGUACUAAACUUAUGUUUGGAUGCUUUAAAGCUGAAGUGUGUCUUUUAUUGAUGUUAAAAACCUUCUAUAAGUAAUUUGUGGGUUAAUUGCAGCACAACACAGCAACAUUGGCUCAACCAGUGGUGUGAUUUUAAGGCAAAACGAUAUGAAAAUAAACUAGGGGGAUAGAAAUGACCCACUUCAGCUCUAAUGAAUGCAAACAGUAGGUUUUCUAUGCAUGACAUUGGACAGUAUGCUGUUGGUGAAUCACGUGUAUCAUCUUAAUCCACAUAUAUAAACAUUGUCACUGUAACUUCAUAUUUAAUGUGUUAUCAUAACAUAUAUUGUGCUUUUGGUGCUAGACCUGGCAGUGUCAAAUGUCAGGGCUAUAACAGUACCUCUUUGAAGCCUUCUGUUUUCAUCGUUGGACAGGCACGUCUGUGAGACACUGGAAAUACGCAGUCAUUGCUUUGCUUGCAGGUGCACCAGUUUCUUGUAUCACGUUUUGGUUUGUGUGUUGGUUUUCUAAAUGUCAUUUGAAUGCUAAAUGACAGCAUUGAAUGUCACAAAAUCAUUUGUUAGCAUCUUAUAAUCAGUACAUUGCCACGGUUUUGAAGGAUGUGCAUCAAUUUAUGCAAUCUAAUUUGUUUUCACAAAAUUUUUGUUUUAAAAAAUGACAGGGAGAGAAAAAGCUCAAAGGCCAAAUUCAAUCAAAACCAUAUAAGCGUGAAGUCUCCUUCCAGUAAAGCUAUAUUUCUAUUAUUAAUUCAUUUCAAUUUUUCACAGAUUUAGAGCAGCAAUGUUAUUUUUUAAAAUUAAAUUACAUUUUUAAAAUAAUUACAUUUAAUUUAAAAAAGAAUUAAAUUGUUUGAUUUAAAAAAUAAUUGAAUUUAAUUUUAAAAAGUAUUAAAUUGAAUUAAAUUAAAUGACAGGGAGAGAAAAAGCUUAAAGGCCAAAUUAAUCGAAACUAUAUAACCAUGAAGUAUCCUUUCAGUAAACCUAUAGUAAACCUAUAUUUCUAUUCAUAAUUCAGUUCAAUUUAUAAUACAGAUUUAGAGCAGUAAUAUUUUUGUUAAUUAAAUUUUAUUAAAAAAGAAUUGCAUUUAGUUUAAAAAGAAUCAAAUUUAAUUUAAAAAUAAUUUAAAUUAAUAAAAUUUAAAAAAUAAUUAAUUUAAAUUAAAUUAUAAAGUUCCAGUAAACUUACAUUUCUAUUAAUAAUAAGGUUCAAUUUAUCAUACAGAUUUGGAGCAGUAAUAUUUUUUAUUAAAUUUAAUUUAAAAAAAUUACAUUUAUUUUUAAAAGAUUUCAAUUCAAAUUCAACUCUAAAGAAGAAUUCAAUUUAAUUGAAUUAAAAAAAUUAAAUUAAAUUUCAAAAAGAACUACAUUUAAUUUAAAAAAGAAUUACAUUUCAUGUAAAAAGAAUUCAAUUUAAUUCAAUUCAAUGACAGGGAAAGAAAAAGCUUCCAGAAAACCUAUAUUUCUAUUAAUAAUUCAGUUCAAUUUAUCACACAGAUAUAGAGCAGUAUUUUUUAAUUAAUUGUUAAAAUUAUUACAAUUAUUUAAAAAAAAUAAUUAAAUUAAAAUGUAAAAAGAAUUAAAUGAAAUUAAAUUAAAUAACAGGGAAAGAAUACGCUUAAAGGCCAAAUUCAACCAUAUAACCAUGAAAUCUCCUUCCAGUCAACCUAUAUUUCUAUUAAUAAUUCAGUUCAAUUUAUCACAGAUUUUAAGAAUUAAAUUUAAAUUUAAAUUUUAAAUGUAAUUUUAAAAAGAAUUUAAUUUAAUUUAAUUUAAUUUUUAAAAAAAGAAUUUCAUUUCAUUUAAAAAAAAAAAUGUUUCACUUAAUUUCAUUCAAAUUACUACUUUUUCUCAUAUUCAACGAGGAAAAAAAAUGUAAGCCAGCACUUGAUACUUAAUCUGAAAUUCUAGAUCAUAAAAAGUAGGCGCUCUAAAUUAGAAAAGAUUCAAACAACAUUGCAAGUUUGCCAAAACAAUGUCUAAAUAGCCAUUAGGUAAUUGGUUAAUAUUAACCAAGACUCAAACUGCUAGAAAAGGAACAUGAUUUCACAAAUCUUUCUUUGACAAAUCACAAAGCAUAAACGUACUGUUGUGAGAUUCUGAUACAGUUUUAAAAAAAAGUUUCAAGAACUGUCAUACCAUGCUUUGAUUGCAUUUGGCCUUCAGUAUACGAGUAGGCUGCGGUGAUUGAGACGAGCCCUGUAUCUGUCCAUC